AUGAGGAUCCUCAUCAAGGGAGGUGUGUGGAAGAACACAGAGGAUGAGAUCCUCAAGGCCGCGGUCAUGAAGUAUGGCCUAAACCAGUGGGCCCGCAUCUCGUCACUGCUCACCCGGAAGUCGGCCAAGCAGUGCAAGGCCAGGUGGUACGAGUGGCUGGACCCCGCCAUCAAGAAGACGGAAUGGACGCGGGAGGAGGACGAGAAGCUGCUGCACCUGGCCAAGCUCAUGCCUACGCAGUGGCGCACCAUAGCCCCCAUCGUGGGCAGGACGCCGGUGCAGUGCCUGGAGCGAUACGAGAAGCUCCUGGACAUGGCGGCUGGGAAGGAGACGUACGACCCCACGGACGACCCCCGGCGCCUCCGCCCCGGCGAGAUCGAUCCUAACCCGGAGUCAAAGCCUGCCCGCCCCGACCCCAUCGACAUGGACGAGGACGAGAAGGAGAUGCUGUCGGAGGCGCGGGCCAGAUUAGCAAAUACCAAGGGGAAGAAGGCAAAGCGCAAAGCGCGCGAGAAGCAGCUGGAGGAGGCGCGGCGCCUGGCAACGCUGCAGAAGAAGCGCGAACUCAAGGCUGCCGGCAUUGAGGUGCGGGAGCGGACGCGGCGCGGGGGCGCCAUCGACUACUCCAAGGAGGUGCCCUUUGAGCGGCGAGCCGCCGCCGGCUUCUUCGACACGCGCGAGGAGGCGACGCGGACCUCGGAAAUGCAGGAGGACUUCCGGCCCAUCACAGUGGACGAGCUGGAGGGGCGCAAGCGCAAGGACAUCGAGAAGGAGCUGAUCAAGGCCGACCUGGCCAAGGCGCGUGUGGCCGAGCGCGCCAACGCCCCGGCGGCCCUGGCGCGCGCGCUGGCGGCCAACGAGGCCUCCGCGGGCCCCGUACGGCGCGGGAAGCUCAUGCUCCCCGCGCCGGCCGUGACUGACGAGGAGCUGGAGGCGCUGGCGCGCGGCGGGUACGCCGCGGCCGACCGCGACGCUGACGUGGCGGCGGGCGGCAGCGCCGCCACGCCCAACCUGGCGGCGCUCACCGCCGGCGCCACGCCGCUGCUGGGCGGGGAGAACCCGGUGCUGCACCCCUCGGACUUCUCGGGGGUCACCCCACGCGCGACGCCGGCCGCCACGCCGGGGACGCACGCGCUCGGGGGGACCCCAGCCGCCACGCUGGGGACGCACGCGCUGGGCGGCGUGGCGAUUGCCGCCACGCCGCGCGGCGGGCGGGUCUCGGGCGGCGGUGCCACGCCGGCGCCGGUGCCCACGCCGCUGCGCGACGCGCUCGGGCUGAACGAGGCCGCGGCCAGCGCAAGCUCCAAGCGCGAGGAGGCCGCGCGCUUGGCCCUGCUGCGCAACGACCUGCGCGCGGGGCUGGCCCAGCUUCCGGGCCCUCGCAACGAGUACCAGGCCGACGCCCUGCGUCGCGCCUCGGCGCUGCUGGGCGCCGAGCUGGCGGCGCUGCUGGCCUACGAGGCCGAGGCCUUCCCCGCCAAGGCGGAGAAGGGGAAGGGAAAGGGGGCGGCGGCGGCGCACCAGGCCGCGAGUCUGCCCCCGCUGGAGCAGCUGGCCGCGCGCGAGGCGGAGGCCGGGCCUGCGCGCGUCGCUGAGCUGGCGGCGCUGGUGGCCGCGCAGCGCGCGCGCGAGGCCGCGCUGCAGGACAGGUACCGCGCGGCGCGCGACGCGGUGCUGGACGCCCGGCGGCCCCUGCCCCAAGCGGCGGCGUGA